UUGGAGAACCAGUUUCAGAAGAAGAAGAAGAAGAAGAAGAAGAAGAAGAAGAAGAAGACGAUGGGAAGCGAUAGCGAAGCCGAAAAGUCGCACCAGAAGGAGAGGAAGAAGAUUCAAGCUCUCGCUCCCAUUGCCAAACCUCUCGCCGGAAAGAAGCUCUCCAAGCGAACCCUCAAGCUUGUCCGCAAAGCUGCUGAGCACAAAUGCUUGAAGAGAGGAGUGAAGGAGGUGGUAAAGGGCAUAAAACGUGGUGACAAAGGAUUGUGUGUUAUAGCUGGGAACAUUUCUCCUAUUGAUGUGAUCACUCAUGUUCCAGUUUUGUGCGAAGAGAAUGACGUUCCUUACGUAUAUAUUACCUCCAAAGAAGAUCUUGCAAAUGCAGGGGCCACAAAGAGGCCAACAUGCUGUGUUCUGGUUAUGACCAAGCCCGCCAAGGGAGAUAUGCCCGCAGAGGAACAGGAGAAGCUAAAGUCCGAGUAUAGCCAGGUUGCGACAGAGGUGUUUGAACUUGCGGCAACUCUUUUCUGAGAGAACCAAAUCGAUUACCCAUCUUUUUUCUCUUAUUUUCUGUUCGAUGUAGUUCGUUUCUAUUUACCGUCUUAGGUUUUGUAUCAUUAUGUUUUCUUUCCAAUUUCUGUACCUUUUUUUUUAACUUAGAAAAGAGGUGCAAACGAAAAUGGCUCUUAUAUUGGAUGCCUCGUUAUUUUUGUAUGGAAACUCUAGACCUCUCAUUUGAGGUGCAGUGGAUUUGCAUCUUGGUGUUGACAAGAGCCGAAAAGGAAGAAAACAUUAUGGUUA